CAAUUUUUUUUCACUAUCGAUAUCCGGUAUUCUGAACCGCUUAAUCUGGUUUGAGGGUCAAUUUCAAUUACAGUUGGACUCGGCCAACUAAAUAUUGGUAUAAAUGCAAAAAUUUACUAUUUGAGAGCUAGAAAAUUAGGAAUCAAUCGUAAGACUUUGUUUCUUCGUUCGCCCACGGUCUCUACCGCAAUUAACGGAGUAACGAAGAGCCAAAAAAAGACAACAGUGACAACUGAGAAAAAAAUACGAAGCCAACCAAUGCAACAUUCUAUUUGUUUCAACCAAUCGUUAUUAAUUCAAAUUUAUUUGUUUUCUUCUAAAAUCAACAAUUCACUACUACUCUGUUCUGUGUUCAGUGUCGUAUAUAUAUAAAACCGCGUAACUCACAAAUUCUGUGUCAGAAUCAUCAAAACCUGUCAUUACUACUGGGUCCCACACCACACGGUUCCAAUUUCCAAAUAUGGGUUGUGUGAGUUCGAAGCAACAACAACAAGCAGUGUCGGUGACGCCGGCGAAUGAAAAUUCAGGGAAAGUGAAAAGUGAGUUAGGUAGAACGAGUCAGAAUGAGUCAGGGAGAACGAGUGAGAAUUGUUGUGAGUCGUUGAGUUUCAGGUUGGAGAAUUUGCACAAGUUUGUCCAAAGUGAACACUUGGCAGCUGGUUGGCCUGCUUGGCUUAGCGCCGUCGCUGGUGAUGCUAUUCAUGGUUGGAUUCCUCUUCGUCCUGAUGCCUUUCACAAACUCCAAAAGAUUGGGCAGGGUACAUAUAGCAAUGUAUUUAAGGCGAGGGAGAUUGAAACAGGGAAGAUUGUGGCACUGAAGAAAGUGCGGUUCAACAAUUUAGACCCGGAGAGUGUGAGGUUCAUGGCAAGAGAGAUAAUGAUAUUGAGAAAGCUUGAUCAUCCCAAUAUCAUGAAGCUUGAAGGGUUGAUUACUUCCAGAUCUUCGUGUACCUUAUACCUUGUAUUCGAGUACAUGGAACAUGAUAUUAUAGGGCUCUUGGGCAAUCCUGAUAUCAAGUUCAGUCAACCACAGAUUAAGUGCUAUAUGAAGCAAUUGUUAUCUGCUGUUGAGUACUUUCAUUCGCGGGGUGUGAUGCACCGGGACAUCAAAGGAUCCAAUCUUCUGGUGAAUAAUGAAGGAAUAUUGAAGGUGGCAGAUUUUGGAUUGGCGAACUUCAUUAGGUCUGGGAAAAAACAUCCCCUCACUAGUCGUGUUGUCACAUUAUGGUAUCGUCCACCGGAGCUUUUGCUUGGUUCGACGGAUUAUGAUUCUUCUGUGGAUCUUUGGAGUGUUGGCUGCGUCUUUGCAGAGCUACUUGUUAGGAUUCCUAUACUUCAGGGGAAAACUGAGGUAGAACAAUUACACAAAAUUUUCAAGCUUUGUGGCUCCCCACCAGAUGAAUACUGGAAAAGGAUUGAACUUCCUCGUGCAACUUUGAUAUAUGAUGGUUGCUUCAAAGAGUACUUUAAAGAUUUGCCUCCAACCAGUGUACAUUUGCUACAAACUCUUCUGUCUGUUGAACCUUACAAACGUGGGACUGCCACAUCUGCUCUCUCAUCAGAGUAUUUCAAAACACAACCUUAUGCAUGUGAUCCAUCAAGCUUGCCGAAAUACCUGCCUAGCAAGGAAAUUGACGCAAGACAAAGGGCGACAGAGGAGGCAAGGAAAAAGAAUGGAAGAGUUCUUCGAACCGAAACAAUGAAACCAUCAAGAAAGCCACAGGACUUAGCAAAUCAAACGCAAAAUUCUCAAAAGGUCAAGAGUAGAUCUUUCCGAAUCCUUGAAGAAGAGAAGAGUAACUUUGUUUUGAAGGCACAAAAACCAUCGAGAGAUAUACAUGAAUAUGCUUCACAUAUGAAGAAUGCAUCUCAAGGAGAUAUUCCCUUUUCUGGACUAUUGCAAAUUUCAAACUCAAGUGGCUUUGCUUGGGCAAAAAGCCGGAAAGACGACACUUCAAUUCGAUCACGUUGUCAAUCUUUUUCUAAAGGACAUAGCUUCAAUGCUUUAGAUUCUUCUGUAUUAAACAGGAGGAAUAAUUUGGAAACAAUAAAUCAUGAUAAUAAGGAGUUUUGUGGGAGAAAUACCAACUCUAGACACUUUGAAAUUUCUAAGGCUUCAAAGCACAAUCAAUGGAGUAGGUUCGAUCGUCUAGAUUCACUCGAUGCUUCUGAUGAGUACCACUCACAAGAAUUGUCGGCGCUUUAUCAGGGAGAAGAUUCAUUAUCUACAAGAAGUAAUCUGAGUUACCAGGAUCAAGGAGAAAAGAUUGGCUUUUCAGGACCCCUACUGUCUAAAAUGCACACGGUGGACGAGCUCUUAGAAAGGAACGAGCGUCACAUCCGGCGAACGGUCCGAAAAUCAUGGUUUCAUAAAGGUAAGAAAAAUGGGAAGAAAAUGUAGUAAUUGCAACAAGGGUAUUUGCUCUAGAAUUCCUUUUAAUUGCAAGGGUAAUUAUGAGAAGGCCAUCUAAACUAUCCUAACACACACUUCUUUGAUCUGCAAAUGAACAUCAAAAUCAUACAAAGAAAACUCAACAAUUUGAGGAACAUGUCACUACAUUUUUAGCUUCCAAUCUUUUGAAAUCUCAAGGUUAACCCAAAGGAAAUAAUAGUAUAGGUUUUAGAGUUUCUUUUUA